UUCUAUUUUUGGACAGAAGAAUCUCAGGCACUUUGAGCUCUAAAACCUGGUUUAUUUCAUCAAAUGGCAGAAAUUGCAGUGAACCUUGUGAUUGACAAGUUAAUCCCUUUACUUGGAGAUGAGGUUAAUCUUCUGAGAGGAGUGCCAAACCAACUUGAGUCAGUGAAAGGCCAGUUACAAAUGAUUCGUGCUUACUUAAAGGAUGCAGAUGCAAAAGCAGAAAUGGGAAAAACCAAUCUCUCAGUGAAAGAGUGGAUCAUGCAAAUGAGACAAGUUUCAUAUCGUAUUGAAGAUGUGAUUGAUGAGUACUUGUUGCAAGUUCACAAUAAGCUUCAAGACAAUUGUGGGGUUGCUAGUGUCGUAUGUAAAAUUUGUGACUUGCUCAGAUCUGUCAUGUCCCGCCAUAAGAUUGCAUCACAGAUUGAUGAGAUCAGAGAGUCAAUAGAGAGACUCAGCAGAGAAAAGGAAACUUUUGGGUUCAAUCCAUCUGCUUUGGAACCAAGGAGUGAUAUUACCACGCUGCAUUAUCUUCGACAGGGUGCCCUUUUCGUUGAGGAUGAUCAGCUUGUAGGGAUUGACCACAUCAAGCAAGUACUAUCCAGUUGGUUGUCAGAAAAAGGUAGUCGCACUGUGAUCUCAGUGGUAGGCGAAGGUGGUCAUGGUAAGACAACGGUUGUGAACAAGGUAUUCAAUCAACAAAAGAAGGAAGGAUCUUUUAAUUGCUAUGCCUGGAUCACUGUAUCCCGAUUGCUCAGGGGAGAGAAUCUAUUGAAGACUUUGCUAAAGAGGUUUUAUGAGGAGGCUGGCGACAAAGAAUUAGUCAAUGAAAUUAGUGAAAUGGACAGAAACGCUCUGGUAAUAAAACUAAGAGAAUGCCUACAAGGAGAGAGCUAUUUGAUUGUUUUUGAUGAUGUAUGGGAAGAAAACUUUUGGGGAGAUGUAGAACAUGCAUUACCAAGAAAUAAAGGUAUGAUAAUCAUCACCACAAGAGAUAAGAGAGUUGCUGAGUUUUGUGGAGGUCAUGGACCAAUUCACAUCUAUGACAUGCAACCACUGAAACAUGAGGAUGCUUGGAACCUUUUUUGUCUGAAGGCUUUCCAAGAAGGUUGUCCCAAAGAUUUGAAAGAAUUGUCGAAAGAGUUUGUUAAGAAGUGCAAUGGAGUGCCACUAGCAAUUGUGGCUAUUGCAAGUCUCCUCUCAACCAAAAAUAAAAAUGUAUUCGAAUGGCAAAGGGUAUAUGAUAGCCUACGCUCAAAACUUUCAAGUGAUCCCCAUCUUAGCUGCGUCCAUCAGGUUCUGUCUGAAAGUUACCAAGAUCUUAGUUACCACCUCAAGUCAUGCCUCUUAUACUUUGGCCUUUUCCCUGAGGAUUACUCGAUCAGUUGUGUGAGGCUAAUUAAUUUGUGGAUAGCAGAGGGUUUUGUAGAGAACAAAGAGAAUGAUGGUAAAAAACUUGAGGAAGUAGCAGAAGAAUACUUAAAUGAGCUUAUUGCUAGGAACUUGGUUAAAGUGGUUAAAGUAUUCUCCUAUGACCGAGUUAGACGUUGUAGGGUCCAUGAUUUGUUGCAUGAUUUUAUUCUCAGAAAGUGUGAGGAGCUGAACUUUUGUCAAGUGAAGAAAAGCCAGAGACUCGAGUUGCAUGAGUGGACUCGGCGCUUGUUGAUUGACGAAUGUAUUGAUGAUGAUCCUGUGAAGAAAAGUGUUGCAAACUAUGGGCUAGUUCGGUCUUGUUUUCUUUUUGGGAUUGAUCGAUACACGCAAACGUCUGUGUUCGAAUCAUUGUUCUCAAGUUUUAAGCUCUUGGCAAGAUUAGAUUGUGAAGGUGCACCUCUUUAUUAUCUUCCUAAAGCAGUUGGAGACUUAUUUCAUUUGAAAUAUUUGAGUUUAAGGUCAACCCGCAUCCGCAAGAUUCCCAAGUUCAUUGGUAUGUUGCAUAAUCUUGAGACCCUAGACUUAAAACAUACUAAGGUGCGUGAAUUGCCACAUGAGAUUAACAGACUUGUUAAGUUGCGUCAUCUUUUGGCAUAUCGCUUAGGUGUCGGUGUGAAAUUCAAGAGAGGAAUUAGACAUUUAAGUUCACUGCAGAAGUUAAGAAAGGUUGAUGCACGUGAUAAUGGGGAUGUGAUUAUGAAAGAACUAAAGAAUCUGAAGCAGAUAAGGGAUUUGGGCAUUUAUAUACAUAGAAAAGAUGGGACAUUAUUAUGCGAUGCUAUAGAGUGCAUGGCUUAUUUGAGGUCAUUAUCAAUUAAAGCAGCUGAAGAAGAAGUUAUUGACUUGGAAUCAUUAAUUGUUUCUCCUCAGAGUCUCCAACGCCUUUACCUAGACGGGCGUUUGAGGAAGUUGCCAGAUUGGGUUCCCAAACUUAAAAGUCUUGUAAAGUUGCGCUUGUAUGGAUCACAAUUAACAGAAGAUCCACUGCCUCUUAUAAAAGACUUGUCAUCACUGGUAGAGCUCCAACUUUAUGAAUCGUAUAAAGGCCAUGAGUUGUGUUUCCAAGAGGGAUGGUUUAUGAAAAUGAAGGUAUUGGUAGUUGAGCUUUCCACUUUGGUAACAUUUAAAAUAGAAGGAGGAGGAAUGCCUUACCUUCAACUGUUGAAAUUAUAUGGACGUCGCCCUGAAAUGCUGCAGGUGCCAACUCAUGUUCGACAAGUUAUGAGAUUCAGACGUUUUUAA